AUGCGAGAGAAUGGUGGUCGACGAACGGUCCGAAGCGAUCCGCCCACGUACACUUCCAUCUUGGUGAGUAUUUUUGAGACGUAUUUUUCCCGAAUUCUCCCGAUGAUUCUCGUCAUUUUAAGCGCUUGUGGGGGUCUGCAGGAUUUUUUUGAAAUUUGUUGCGAUUUUUCAAAGUUAAGCGUAUGAGAGACUCGCUUUCUCGUCGCUCCAGGAAAACAGUCUAUAACUCGAAAAUUAGAUGUUUUAGAAAAAUGCGAUCAACUACAAAGUUAUUCACGAGAUGAUUUGGGUCAACUUUCCAGUUGAUCACUUUUCAAACGGACGCCUGGAUUCCGAGAUACAGGCCACAAUCUCGGUUCCACGCAAAGAUCUUCUCAAAACCCCGUCGCUAAGCGCAGAUCAUCUCACUUUUUCUCCGCGCCUCUCCCUUCUCAGCGCUAUUUUCAUAAAGACGGGGGGGCGAUGAGUGUGUUAUCGGUGAUUAAAAAGCACUCAGGAAAAUGAAAAAUUGGAGUUUUUCUCAUUUUGAAAACGCAGUUUUUUUUAGUUUCGAAAAAACAUUUAACUUUGAAAAAUCAUAACUAAUUUCAAAAAAAUGCUACACACCCCCACAAGCGCUUAAAAUGAAGGAAAUCGUGUGGAGAACACGAGAAAAAUAUAAAAAUUGAGGAAAAACCAGCCAAAACUCGCUGAACGCCUUCAAGUUUUCGUCGCACUGAUCAUAGAACUCGUCGGCAUCAAAAAACCGACGCCCUCCCGGCCGUUUCGCAUUCGCAUUUUUAAUUCGUAUCAAAUCAGAGUUGGCGUGAAAAAAAAAGAGUGUCCGAAUGCACGCAGCUCACUCGGAAAUCAUUGCGAAGGAUCGAGUCGAUUCGAGAAGGAAAUCCACUUCAUUUCCGCUCCAUCAAAGUGAUAAAACCGCGUCGAUUUUGCCUCUCGUUACGUUUUUCCCACUCAGCACCGCCUAAUCCUCCCGCUUUUCGCUUGUCUUUUGCCUCAAAUUGACUUCUAGCCACUUUGAAGGCUUCUUUUGCGCUUUUAUCGAUAUUUCUCUUCCCCUAGUUUUUUGAACUUUUGCUAUUCCACGUUUCCAUCCAUUCCCCCAACUCGAAAAAUGCAAAAAAGGGCGAAUUUCUCUGAAAAACGUAUCGUUUAGACACAGGCCAAAAAUGUUUGACCACUGAGCGGAUCGAACGCCCAACCUUUCGAUCUGGAGUCGAACGCGCUACCAUUGCGCCAAGCAGUCACAGUUUUUCGGUACCCCCCUUUGCUAUGAAGAGACGGCCGGCCGGCAGGCUGGGCAGCCGGCAGGGAGGGGGACAGAGCGCACUCUUUUUCACUUUUUUCCACACGCCCCCGGGGUAAUUGUCAAAUUUUAUCGAGAAAAGAGUGUCAAAAACGUUUCCAAAGCUCUUUUAAGCACAUUUAUCCAUAUUUAUCGAAGAAAAUCACAAAAAAGCAUGCAAAUUUCGAAAAAACCGCGUGUUUUUCCCGAAAAGUGCAGUGGAGCGCGUUUGCUGACACUCACACACACACAUUUGUUGUUGCAGGAGGACAACGUGGAAGAGGAGGAAGAGGAGGAGGUCUCGGACACUGAGAAACCGCCCGAACACGUCGCGCCGAGUCGAUUUGUACGAACGCAACGGAGCGACGAUGGAGGAUAUCCGACGCACGUGAGCGACAUAGAUUUUAGCCUCAAAACUCGUGUUUUUAUGGUUUGAAACUGAACAAUUUUUGCUCUCUUGCUCCGAAUGCGAAUCAGGGGUGUGCGGAAAAUUUUUUUCGGAAAAUUUCGGAAAAUCGGUUUUUUCGAAUUUUUUUUUUCGGAAAAUUUCGGAAAAUCGGGUUUUCCGAAUUUUUUUUUUCGGAAAAUUUCGGAAAAAUCGGAAAAAUCGGAAAACUCAUUUGUUCAUUGGUUCAAUAAAGUGUUUAAACAACGUUCUAAAACGCUUUCUCACCGUUUUUCCGCCCAGUUAAAUAUACGCCCCACUUUCCCAUUACGUCAGCUUUUCUGAAAAAACAACACAAAUCGCAACAAUCGGUUCAUUAUAAUGAGAAAAACGAAAGAAAUUGCGUAAAAUUUAAAAAUCAAAUUUAAAAAGACGCUCGCUGCUAGACCCUUCCAAAAAUUUUGUGAUGCGCCUUUAAAAAGCAUACGGUGGUUUCGGACAAAUUGACCUUGAAUCCACACUAAUUUUCCGAAAAUUUCUCGGAAAAUCGGAAAAUUUCGGAAAAUCGAAAUAUUUUCCGCACACCCCUGAUGCGAAUGCAUUGAAUUUUACGCGGGGGGGAAAAUCUGAAGCUGAAUCUUCUCGACAGCAACCGGUUUCAGCACCAUCACGAACAAUUCAACCGCACCGUGUCGGCAGUUUCGUUGCCAGUCGGCCGACAAUUGAAGGAGAUGGUCGACAAGACGCAGUACGAGAAGGUCAUCGAACAAUUGAACUCGGAUCCGGCGAUUCACAAAGAGGUUCGUCGGCUUUGGCGCGGAAAUUUAACGAGUGUAUUGUGUGUGUUUUUAGAUAGCGCUGGGCCGUCGAAUCGGCUUCUAUCGGCUCGGAAAAGAGCUCGGCGCCGGCAACUUUUCAAAAGUGAAACUAGGAGUUCAUCAACUGACCAAAGGUACUUUACAAGGCCUAAAAAAACCCCCCACGUGAAACGUUGCAGAAAAAGUGGCAGUAAAAAUAAUGGACAAGGCGAAAAUGGACCAGAAGGCGCAAAAGUUGUUGACGCGAGAGAUUCAGUCGAUGGAAAAGAUGAAUCAUCCGAAUAUUGUCAAGUUGUUCGAGUGCGUCGAGACGCUGACACGUGUCCAUUUGGUGGUCGAGUACGCGAGCGGAGGCGAACUGUACGCGCACGUCCACGAGCGGGGAAAACUGAGCGAGGCGGACGCGAAACCCCUUUUUGCACAGAUCGUCUCGGCCGUUUCGCAUAUGGUACUUACUGAUCGUCUAGCCAGAUAUUGUCAAUCAAGUUUUUUGCAGCACUCGCGCAACCUGGUGCACCGAGACAUCAAAGCGGAAAACGUGAUGUUCAGCAGUCCGACGAGCGUCAAACUCGUCGAUUUCGGCUUCUCGUGUCUCGUCGAGCGGGACCAGUUUCUGCAGACGUUCUGCGGAAGUCCACCGUACGCGGCGCCCGAGUUGUUUCGGUAAGGACGGUCCCCGCCAGGGGUGUGCGGAAAUUUUUUUCGGAAAAUUUCGGAAAAUCGGUUUUUCCGAAUUUUUUUUCGGAAAAUUUCGGAAAAUCGGGUUUUCCGAAUUUUUUUUUCGGAAAAUUUCGGAAAAAUCGGAAAAAUCGGAAAAGCGCGUUGAACUUGUGGCCGCAAAAACACGCUUUCUCACCGUUUUUCCGCCCAGUUAAAUACACUUUCCCAUUACGUCAGCUUUUCUGAAAAAACAACACAAAUCGCAACAAUCGGUUCAUUAGAAUGAGAAAAACGAAAGAAAUUGCGUAAAAUUUAAAAAUCAAAUUUAAAAAGACGCUCGCUGCUAGACCCUUCCAAAAAUUUUGUGAUGCGCCUUUAAAAAGCAUACGGUGGUUUCGGACAAAUUGACCUUGAAUCCACACUAAUUUUCCGAAAAUUUUGCCGAACAUUUUCGGAAAAUUUUCCGAAAAUUUCUCGGAAAAUCGGAAAAUUUCGGAAAAUCGAAAUAUUUUCCGCACACCCCUGGUCCCCGCACGGAUCAGAUCAGCCGUCGUGUUUGUUUCAGCGACAAGUCCUACUCGGGCGAGCUCGUCGACAUUUGGGCUCUCGGCGUGCUCCUCUUCUUCAUGCUCGUCGGCGUGACGCCGUUCAAGGGCGAAACGGUGGCCGACAUGAAAAUGAUGAUAAUGGAGGCGAAGUUCACGCUGCCCGAGUACAUAAGCAUGAUGGCCGGCGAGCUGAUCAAGGGAAUGCUGCGGCCGGAGACCGAGAAACGCGCCGACAUUGAGUUUGUGAAGAAGAACUUUUGGCUGAGAGAUUGUCGAUUCACAAAGAGUUAUAUGUCGAUCAAGACGGACGUGAACGCCGAGAUGGAGGAGGAUAAGACGGCGUUCAACGAUCGAGUGGGUCGACCGCUCACUUUUACUCUAGAAAUUGCCAAUUUUCAGGUCUGGAAACUCAUGAACAACUAUGGAAUAAGUAAGGAGAUGUUGGUCGAGGACACGCUCGACAAGGGACCGCGCGACGCGAUUAUUGGAACCUACCGGAUCACUCAGUUUCAAGUACAACAAGAAAUGGCCAAGGUUCGUCUCGUCUAGUUAAUGUUUUGAUCUUGAGCGAAAGAGCGUUUAGAUGGCAAAAGAAAAGGAUGAGCCAGCGGCGGCGGGACCGAGUGCUCACUCGUUGAACGGAACGACGAUGAACGGAACGGCGAACACGAGGAAGCUGAAGACGCGCAGCAAAACUUGCACACUUUUGUAG